AUCUGUCACGCUUUGUGUAUCAGUACGUUCCCUUCGGGCGCCCCCAAAUUGUCAGUACAAAAAUAAAUAGAAAUUGCUUUUAGCGAUCCAGCCAAGAUGUGGUUCAACACGACUGAAGUGGAGGCAAAUGUGUUCGUGAUGGCCGACGAUGUGUACAACUUGAUGGAGAUCUUCAAUGAGGCAGCCAGCUUUGAGGGUCGCAUGAUCAAGCGCAUUGAGCAUCUGCUCAGCAUCUGUGACGUUCUGGUUUUCGUGGUCUUGGCCACCAUUGUGGGUCCCUAUCUGGUGCACAAUUGCUUCAGUAAGCUGCAGCAAAGGGUCAAGCGUGGCAGCUCAGCAAGAGCCAUUUCCCCAAUGAAAGCAAUCAAAGAGAAGAGGAGCGUGCGCGGCAGCAAUGCAAGCUUCAGGGAAGCCGCAGAGCAAAAGAUCAACGGCGAGUGGAACCUAAGAAGCAAGAACUUGGCCAGGAAGCCCCAACAAAUGGCCAAGCAACAAGUCAGGUGCGACAUUAGCGAAUCGGAGAUGAUUACUCGCCGAUACACGGACAAGGGCAUCGAUGAUGACGAGAUCACAGUGACGCCCACGGAGGGCGAGAACUACUCGGCGAUGCUGAUCGGAACACCCGAAUGGGCUGGCUGUCAAUUAUUUGGCCACAGGCGAACCGUCAGAGUCUGAAGUCUGCCAGUUGACACCUAAAGUCAGCCACAAUGCUGCGGUCGGAUGCUCAACCAUAACUUGGCUAAUUGAACACGAAUCAAAGGGCAGUGGCUGCUGCUGUAGAUUCUCGUGAAAGAAGCCAUGAUUUAGACUGCCCGUGGUCCAGAUGCGAUUGCGCUCAUCCAUGGCGUCAGCGGUCGUGUGCUCUGACGUGGUGCCCCUGCGAGCCAUUCGAGUGACUCAAUUCACGGAUAAUAAGUGCAUUUUCUGGUGAUUUUUCCAAGCACUCUGCGGCAUCUCAGCGAUAACUGCAACACUCACUAUUCAAUCUGUGUACACGUCACAUUGUCCACAUGUUGCUCAUUGCUCAUCUCAGUGAGAAUUUACAGUGUGGAAACAGUCUUUUGGUGACUCUUAGGCCAUUGCAUAAUUUGGCAUAAUGCAAGCAAAAAUAAGCAAAGGCACAGGCCAGGAGCAACUGCUCUCUAUAUGUAUACAAAAAUCGACUCAAGUGGAGACAGUGCUGCAGGCGACUGGACGGAGCUGCCGACAACCGGUGUAUUGGAGCACUGGCGUCGUCAACAGAACGUAUUUAUAUGUCGGCACCGAUACGACACCAGCAGCAGCAGCAGCAACAGCAACCGAAUAACAACAAUAGCAGAACUACAACCAACAAAUCAGGCAACCCCCAUUAACUCCUUUGGCCAUGCAAAUGUGCCGCGGCAAUUACGGGGAGCCGAGCCAAAGCACAGACACAGACACAGAUACAGACACUGCCAGUGUCUGAGUGUCCUGCAUGUUGUCCCUAUUGUUGUAGCGUUCCAGCAUACACCCCUUAGGGGAGUGAGUCGAUUGAUUUUCCGCAGGGAUAACCACAGGAACAACAACACUCUAGGGUAUACCUCAUUUCACAGUGGAGUACACAGUGUCCUGUAGUUUCUUUUGUGAGUUCAAACCUCACACGAACGGUGGCCAAUCGACCACAAUCCAAUCCGAUGGCCAGUGGCGUAAUGAGAAAAUAAAUGACAUUACAAUGGGGAAA